AUCUGCUGUAGCCUUACUAUAGAGAGUCUCUAUGUUGCUUAUUACUUUAAGGCUACUUCCAAAGCGUUUAUAUUAUAACAUUUCAGUGACCUAACGUUUACUGAUCGAGGUCUGGGAUUGUAAUCGUACUUCGUGUAACGAUUUCUCAUUCAGUUUAGACGAUAAAAAAUUGGACAACAAGGACAUGCCACACAAGAUGAACAAACGUGAUAUGAUACGUGCAUUACGAAACGUGAUUUGCGAAAUGUUGGCUGGCCAAAAUCCCUUCGACGCUGAGAAUCAGAAGAGCACGUUCAAAAAUAUCAAAGAUAAGAAAGCAGUCUUUUCGAAACACUUCUUACAAGAGGCUUUGGAUGUGCUAACAAGCUUCCUUGCUAAGAAGUCAAACAAUCGUUUCGGUGCCGGACGCUAUGCGCGCUCUGAGGUUACCACUCAUCCAUUCUUUAGGAAUAUUGACUGGGAUAAGGCGGAAGCUAAGGAAGGGGAGCCACCUAUUGUGCCAAAAAUUGUAAGCGCUGAGUUUAAAGUUUAAAGCUCGUUAUCAAUAAGUGUUAAUAUUUCGUUUAUUUUAUAAACAUCGCUAGGACAUUUUGAAUAUUGAUAAAGAUUUCAUAACUGAGAAAACUGACCUGACAACAAUCGAUGAGUCAUUUAUGAUGAACUUUGAUCAGAAUGACUUUAUAGGUUUCUCUGAUGUGAAUCCGGAAUUUAUUGCGAUUAUAUAAUAUUUAUACAUAUU